GAGAGACGGUGCUUGGCGGCUCGUUUCCCUCUCCACCAGGUCCCUCAGCCCCGACUCGGAUUUUAGCUGGAGCCGCACGGGUAUCCGCGGCCUGCGGGCUGCCAGCCGCUGUCCGGGCCGACGCCCUGCGCCUGCCUCAUUAUCCUGUUCCCCCUUGCACCUCGCUGUUGCCGAGUCCCAGUCCGUGUCGAAGACCCUGACAAAACUCAAGCUGGACAUCAGUAAAUGGGUUAUUGAUCAAUCAAUCAGUGAAUGUGAAGCAGCUGUCAGCGGAGUCCGACAAGACGAAUCCAACCCCCUUCUCUUCCCUUGUGCUGUGACUGUGGUCGCGGCUGAGAAUCGGACGCGGUCUCGCACCCAGUUCAACCACAGUUUGGUGACCUACGCUCCCCACACAGGGCGCUGCUGUGAAGACACUAUGGAAUCGGAGACAAAGCGACUGAAAGAGAAGAUCAAGGAGAAGCUGCCAGUGACGGGGCCACAAGCAGCAAGCAUCUAUGAGUUGGCACGGUGGUACUGCUACAACACCAACACCCACGGCUGCCGCAGGAUUGUGGUGUCUAAAGGCCGGCUGCGACGGGCAAUCUGGCUGAUCCUGACCCUUGGCGCCGUGGGGAUCAUUUUUUGGCAGUGCGCUCUUCUCAUCGCCUCCUACUACACUGCUUCCGUCGCCAUCACCGUCCAAUUCCAGGAGAUUCCCUUCCCUGCCAUCACCAUCUGCAACAUGAACCCAUACAGAUACACUGCGACCAGACAUCUAUUUGAUAAACUGGACCAGGAGACGCGGAUUGCCGUCAGCGAGCUCUACCACUUCACCAAUACUUCCAACAGCAGUCUGUGGCGAGCUCGGCGAGACACCGCCGAAAGCCAAGGGGGCGGAUUUUCCAACAGUAUUCCACUGCUGCGGGUCAAGGUGGGCGAGGAUUACACCAUCCUGUCCGACCUCAUCACCAAGAGGCGACACAGGAUGAACGGGACACUCCGAACCCGAUCGUUUGGGGGCAGCCACACCCUGAAACCGAGCAACAUGAUUGGCUUCAAGUUGUGCGAGAAGAAACACGAUGACUCUACCUGUGACAUCUAUACAUUCAACUCGGGCACAGCCGCCAUCCAGGAAUGGUAUCGACUCCACUACCUCAACAUUAUGGCACGGGUGCCCGAACAAACCAAACUGCAGAUGGGCUACUCUGCUGAUGAUCUUAUAUUAUCCUGUUCGUUUGGGGGAAGAGCCUGCGAUUCAAGGAACUUUAGCCUAAUGCACCACCCGCUGCGUGGAAACUGCUUCACAUUCAACAGUGGAGAAGAUAGCAGAGCUCUGCGAACCAACAGCGGGGGCAGUGAGAAUGGCCUGAAGGUGACUCUGCAUGUGGAUGAGGAUGAGUACAAUCCGUACCUCAUCACUUCAAUGGGAGCCAAAAUUGUCAUUCAUGAUCACAAUGAACACCCCUUCAUUGAAGAUGUGGGGAUUGAGAUUCAGACAGAAACCCAAACGGCCAUGGGUCUUGAAUUGACUGUAUUGCAAAGACUGGGUAGUCCGUACAGUGACUGUACGAUGGACGGGCUGAAUGUGCCAGUGGCAAAUCUCUACAACAAAAGAUACACUUUACAGAUGUGUCUGCACUCGUGCUUUCAGAUGGAAAUGGUCCGAUGCUGUGGGUGUGCCCAUUAUGAGAAGCCACUACCUGCCGAAGCAGAGUACUGCGAUUACACAAAGUUCCCAGGCUGGAUUUCCUGCUAUUACAGACUGCGCAAUCAAUUUAUUCAAGAACAAUUGGUUUGCCAGAAGAUUUGCCGACCUGCCUGUCACUCUAAGGAAUGGACAAUGACUGUCAGUGUCGCCCAGUGGCCCUCACCACCAUCUGAGGAGUGGAUCCUUCACCUUCUGAACUGGGAAAGGAAACUCAAUAGAAACCAAACACUAAGAAAGAAUGAGUUAGCCAAUCUGGCCAUCUUCUAUAGAAGUCUCAAUCUGAGGAACAUAACUGAGACAGCAGAAAAUAAUGUUGUCACCUUACUCUCAAACUUCGGAGGCCAGCUGGGACUCUGGAUGAGCUGCUCUGUCGUCUGUGUUAUUGAGAUAAUAGAGGUGUUCUUCAUCGACAUGUUCCUAAUUGGUGCACGGAAAGGCAUACAGACAGUUUGUAAGUGGUGGCGGAGAGAGGCAGAAGAGGAGGAGCCACCGACAGCCAGUAGAGGGGCUCACAGAUCUCCGGUCUACAACAUCGAUGAAGACCCCCCAACUUUUAAUGCUGCCCUCCAGCUGCCGCGUGCUCAUGCAUCAGACAUGCUGCCUCCCACCUAUGAAACACUUCAGAUGCGUGCAGACUUCCUCCCGGACACACCUGGUUUGAGGUGCUGCACUCACUGACAGGGAUGUCUGCAGAUGUCUUUAGUCUGGCAGGGAGAAGCAGAUCAGUGCAGAAGGGUUACGCUAGUUCAUGGUCAGCAAGCGAGAAUAACCCAGCAACUCAGAGAAAAUACUAAAAAAAAUACUGUCUUCUCAUCUUUGUGAUCCUACCUGUAAUAAAUGCUAUUUCAAAUAUUUGGCAAAUAGAUUAAGUAUUUUUUGUCCAAACGGAGAUGGAUACUAACUUACCAUAAUGGUACAGACCAUAGCCACUGUCUGUUUUACUGUUUCUGAAAUAAAAGUUAGGUUUUAGAUCACAAAUGAAUCGUUACUAUUUAGAACUGUGUGAGUUGCUUGUUUUUCAGUAUCA